GCUCCCUUGACGGUCGUGCCGUUUUAUUUUACCGCGUUUUUCGUUUCCCUUUCGUUCUUUCCGUUUAUUUUCCGCCACCAUGUCGAAGGGUGACGGUGAGCAGCAGAACGGCUCCGGCGAGGAGUCUAAGACAAACCUCAUCAUCAAUUACCUGCCUCAGAGCAUGACGCAGGAAGAGAUCCGGAGCCUGUUCUCGAGCAUCGGCGAGGUGGAGUCGUGCAAGCUGAUCAGGAACAAGGGUGCUGCGUUCCCGGACGCGCUCAACCACGCCCUGCACGGCGGCGGCCAGAGCCUCGGCUACGCGUUCGUCAACUACCACCGGCCCGAGGAUGCCGAGAAGGCCAUCGCGACACUCAACGGGCUGCGGCUGCAGAACAAGACCAUCAAAGUGUCGUACGCGCGGCCCAGCAGCGAGGCUAUCAAGGGCGCCAACCUGUACGUCUCCGGGCUACCCAAGACGAUGACACAGACCGAACUCGAGCGGCUGUUCAGUCCGUACGGACGCAUUAUUACGUCGCGGAUCCUCUGCGAGAACUCUGGCGGGCGGCCCUUCACCGGCGGAGAACAAGGUCUGUCCAAAGGCGUUGGCUUCAUCCGCUUCGACCAGCGCGUGGAGGCCGAGCGCGCCAUCCAGGAGCUGAACGGCACCGUGCCCAAGGGUGCCACCGAGCCCAUCACCGUCAAGUUCGCCAACAACCCAAGCAACAACGGCAAGGCGCUGGCGCCGCUGGCGGCGUACCUGCCGGCCGCGCUGCGCUUCCCGGCGCCGCUCGGCCGCUUCAGCUCAGGCAAGUCUCUGUUAGCUAUCAACAAAGGCCUACAGCGCUACAGCCCGCUGGCGGGCGAGCUGUUGGGGGGCGUGCUGCCCGGCGCCGUAGGGUCCGAAUGGUGCAUUUUCGUAUACAACCUGGCGCCCGAGACCGAGGAGAACGUGCUCUGGCAACUGUUCGGCCCCUUCGGCGCCGUACAAAGCGUCAAGGUGAUCCGCGACUUGCAAACCAACAAGUGCAAGGGCUACGGGUUCAUUACCAUGACCAACUACGACGAGGCCGUAGUCGCCAUCCAGUCGCUCAACGGCUACACGCUCGGCAACAGAGUGCUGCAAGUCAGCUUCAAGACUAACAAGAUCAAGACAAUCUAAGAUCGCAGAGGGAUCGGCCUAGCUGGACGCUAGGACGGCACGGCAGGCUCGCACCCAUACAUACAAACGAUUUUAUGCGACAGCGGCCCAUUGUCCAGCCAGUUCGAGCCGGACACACAGAUAGGAAUCUGUCUUCCCGAUAUUAGACGCCGCCGGUUCCCGGCGUAUUUUGUACGUGUAUUGUGUAGUUGUGGCGUCGGCCGCCCUUUGUUCGCCGUCGGCCGCCGCGAGUACGCCGCCGAAUUGGGUUAAGUGUUUUCAGAAGGAAUAUAAAAUGGCGGCGGGCGGGCCUCGGCGGCGCAUGCGCGGCGGGCGGCGGCUCCCGGGCGGCCGCGGCCAAGCAAUAAUACUUUAGAACCGAAGCAUGUGAUGCUCUCCAGGCCAGUCUAUAAACCGAACAUAUUGAUCAUAGUCAAUAGCAAAUAAUGAUGUAUAACUUCGCUUAUGAACGGUUGUGGUAAACGAGAAAAUAGUUUACGAAUAAAAAUUAAUAAAAUUUUAGCAAUAAUAGCCUAAAAUGCUACGUGCUCCAAUGUUUGUAUGCGAUCAUAUCGUGUUAAGUGCUGUAACAUAAUGUAAGGGCCGUGUGCUAGUACUCGACGUUAUGCCAAAUAUCCUUUAUCUCAUUCGCUCAGGAUGCGGCGGCGGCGGCGGCACCGGCUCGGCCCGCCCCGCCCGCUGACAUAGUUAUAUUGUUAAAGAUUGGAUGAGAAAAAAAAUAUAUUAUUAUCUAUACGUAUAUUUUAAAUCAUUUAUAUUAAAAUUAAGGAUGAAAAAACUAAUCAAAAACUGUGAUAGGUUUUGAUAAAAUUUUAAAAAACGGUGAAUAAGCGGCGAAGCUGUGGGGCAGCGGUGGGGCCCGGGCGAGCGGCGACCGGCGCCGGGCCCGGGCCCCGAGGCCCUUUGUAACAUAGGAUUUGACACAUGAACGGGUCUAAAAUAGGCCGCGGAGGUAC